CCACGUCAAGGGUGGGCUGCGGGUGUAUAAACGAGCGCACCCUGCUUUCUCAUUGACGUCGUGUAGGUGUCUGACAUCAACAAAGAAGCGGUGAAAUUUUGCGACGUACAUUACGCUCUUCAAGAUCUAAGAAGAUAUGGAAACCGGUCUGAGUCAGGAGAAGGUAGCCACCUUUCUGAAGCGCCUGCAGGCUGAGCCACGCUACUUGCUGGCCCAGAAUGUUUCAACAUGCAUCGACCCACUGGAAGUCUGUCUGCACCGGCAGACUGUCCAGGAAACGGUACACAUCUUCCAGCACGCUAUCCCAACAGAGGGAAAGCCUGUCACUAACCAAAAAAGCUCAGGGAGAUGUUGGAUCUUCUCGUGUCUCAAUGUCAUGCGACUUCCCUUCAUGAAAAAGUUCAACAUCGAGGAGUUUGAAUUUAGUCAGUCCUAUCUGUUUUUUUGGGACAAGAUUGAGAGGUGUUACUACUUCCUCCAAGCCUUUGUGGAGACUGCUCAGAGGAAAGAGCCAGUAGAUGGACGCCUUCUCCAAUUCCUUCUCUCCAACCCAGCUAAUGAUGGAGGACAGUGGGAUAUGCUGGUCAAUCUCAUUGAAAAGUAUGGCGUCAUCCCAAAGAAAUGCUUCCCAGAGUCACACAGCUCAGAAGCCUCACGCAGAAUGAACAGCAUUCUCAAUCAUAAGCUGAGAGAGUACUGCUUCAGACUGAGGAACAUGGUGGCCAGUGAUUCAACUAAAUUGGAAAUCUCUGAGGUCAUCAACACCAUGAUAGAGGAGGUGUUCCGGGUGGCAAGCGUAUGUCUCGGUAACCCACCUGACACCAUCUGUUGGGAGUACAGGGACAAGGAAAAGAACUUCCAUCGUAUAGGCCCCCUCAGCCCCCAGGAGUUCUACAGGGAGCACGUCAAACCCCUAUACAACAUUCAGGACAAAAUCUGCCUUGUGAAUGACCCUCGACCCCAAAAUCCUUACGGGAAGCUGUACAGUGUGGAGUACCUGGGCAACAUGGUGGACGGUCGCAAGACGCUCUACAACAAUCAGCCCAUCCAGCUCCUUAAAAAGGCUGCAGCAGAGUCCAUAAAAGACGGAGAAGCAGUGUGGUUUGGAUGUGACGUGGAUAAACAUUUCCACGGCAAGCUGGGGAUUAACGACAUGAACGUCUUCAACCACGAGCUGGUGUUUGGAGUUUCAGUGAAGAACCUCACCAAGGCUGAGCGCGUGAUAUGUGGAGACUCUCUCAUGACCCACGCAAUGAUUCUCACUGCCGUCACAGACAAGGAUGGAAAAGAGGGCUAUGAAAAGUGGAGGGUGGAAAACUCCUGGGGCGAUGACCGUGGGAACAAAGGUUACCUCAUCAUGACGGAUGAUUGGUUCUCAGAAUAUGUGUAUGAGGUGGUGGUGGACAAGAGGUUCCUCUCCCCUGAUGUCAUGGAAGUAAUGCAGCAAGAGCCCAUUUUACUUCCCGCCUGGGACCCCAUGGGCUCACUGGCCUAAGUACAGACACCCAGGUUUUUAGCCUUAACCUCUGGUCUCUUUGAGUCCUCUUUCUUCCCAAGAUGAUUUUACCUCCAACAUUCACCAAUAUUCCUUUGAAAUAAUGCCAUUGUUCUCAGUAAAAUAAAUAUUUCUUUUU